AAGGGCGUGGGAGAGCGGAAAAAAAUUGCGGGCUCCACACAAGAGAAAACCGCAAACACCCCGUUAAACCUCCACGGUGACUGCAUACGCCGGCGCUGCUGCCUCGCACAACUUCGAGGGGGAGCUGUCCGCGGCGAGCGAAGUUCGGCAUCUCCUUCUCGCCGCUCCGUGGCGGCGAUGCCACCUCGGGCUAUCAGCAUAAAGGUGGCGAGGGAAGAAGAUUUGUCCUCACACAUUGGAAACGAUGGCUUCUAUUUUGAUCUCGUCGACUUCGACAGGGUGAGGGCUUUCCAGAUCCCGGAUAACACGACUAUGUCCCGAUUGAAGGAGGAAAUUGCAGUAGAGUUCAGCAUCCCAUCUCAAUUUCAGCGCCUCUGGUUGUUUUGUAAAAGGCAAAACGGGACAUGGCGUCCUGUUAGGCCAUUCUCUACCGAAGAAAACAAUCUAUCUAACUUUGGGAGUAGCCCGUUUGUGUCUAGUUAGUUUGGUUGUUAUCAUCUUAUUAUCUAUUGGAAAUUGGGUGUCGCUGUGGCUAUGCGAGCUUGCACUCAGCCCACUUCGUUUAAGGAUGCCUGGCUUAUUUUCUUAUUACAAAAAGGUGACAU